AUGAACAAGCAACAAAUCACUAACCUUGCCAAACAUUUACACCGUUAUAAAAUCCCCAUACUUAAUGAUAUAGCACUACAUUGUGGAAGUCCCAUCUUGGGCACAACCAAAGCAUCACGAAUUGAAGGAAUCAUUGCUCAAUACCAACUAUACUUGACUCAGUGGCACAACUUGGCCUGUAGAAACACAUUAUCUAUCGAUAUUGGUAUUAAGAACUUCUCCUACUGCAAAACAACAACAAAAAAAACAACAGCAACGAGACCCACUGUAGAAGGAGCAACAGAUGCGACGCAACAGAACUUGACUUCAUUAUCUGCUUGGCCAGUUAUUGUCACGCAUUGGCAGAAAUUAAACCUCGAUACUAAAUACGGGUCAUUAUACACUCACUUACUUCAUCAAGACACCAUCCUCGAUACGAAAAGGUACUUGAACCAUAUAACAAACCACUUGGUCGAUGACAUUUUAGCACCUAAUUUAUCCAAUGUGAAAAUCAUGGAAAUCCAACGUACCCGAUCAAACAACAAUGCUAAAACAUUACCCACUAUUUUAACAAACCAUAUAUUGGAAAAUUUAAUCUUGCUGAAAAUGUAUCCAUCGUUGGUGGUCCCCAUGACCUCAAUGAAGUUGAUUCAUUUUUGGCUUUAUCGAUUCAUAACUAAAGAACUGAUUAAUAGUGGAAAAUUGAAGAAGAAUAACAAGAUUAUUCGUCGUGAUUUGAUUCUAGCUUGGUUUGGUAAACUUUAUCAACUAGAAGGGUACGAAAAUAACAACAUUAGAACCAGCGAGGGCACAAAAAGUAUUGGUUCUUCUUCACAAUUGACCAUGUGUCAAUUACUUGAUCAUUUGCAUUUAUCAAAAGGCGAUAAAACUGAUGAUUUAAUCGAUUCAUUACUUUAUAAUCUUUGCAUCAAUUGUCAAUUAAAUCAUCUUUACCAAUUUCAUACUUGCCUACAACAACAGAAGGACGAUGAUGACUACAAUUUAAUUGAGUUUGUUGAAAAUGCUAAUCAAUUCCAUUUGGAUUUAAUUCAACCCGUGAUUGAUAAAUAUCAACUAACAGUAAAAUAG